GCGCCGAGGGUGGUUGGCACAACCAGAACCCUUGGAGGCGCCAACAGCGAGGGCACCGACUGCAGCGCGGCGGGGCUGGACGCCCGCUCGCCGUCUCGCUUCAUCAUGUCGCGGGGCUCCAUUGAGAUUCCCCUCCGGGACACUGACGAGGUUAUUGAACUUGACUUCGAUCAGUUACCUGAGGGGGAUGAAGUUAUCAGUAUUCUAAAACAGGAGCACACACAACUGCACAUAUGGAUCGCGCUGGCGCUGGAAUACUACAAGCAAAAAAAAACAGAAGAAUUUGUAAAGCUGUUGGAAGCAGCUCGUAUAGAUGGCAAUUUGGACUACAGAGAUCAUGAAAAAGACCAAAUGACGUGCUUGGAUACAUUGGCGGCCUACUAUGUUCAACAGGCUCGAAAGGAAAAGAAUAAGGACAAUAAGAAGGAUCUGAUUACACAGGCAACCUUGUUGUACACAAUGGCUGAUAAAAUUAUUAUGUAUGAUCAGAACCAUUUGUUGGGAAGAGCCUGCUUCUGCUUACUUGAAGGUGACAAAAUGGAUCAAGCUGAUGCACAGUUUCAUUUUGUACUAAACCAGUCUCCAAAUAAUAUUCCAGCUCUUCUUGGUAAAGCUUGCAUUUCAUUCAACAAGAAAGAUUACAGAGGAGCACUUGCGUACUAUAAGAAAGCACUUCGUACUAACCCAGGAUGUCCCGCGGAAGUUCGCUUAGGAAUGGGCCAUUGCUUUGUGAAGCUUAACAAGCUAGAGAAAGCUCGUUUGGCAUUCAGCAGAGCCUUGGAACUCACUUCCACUUGUGUGGGAGCAUUGGUUGGACUGGCUGUUCUAGAACUCAACAAUAAAGAGGCUGAUUCCAUCAAAAAUGGUGUCCAGCUUCUUUCCAGAGCCUAUGGAAUUGAUCCUAGCAACCCUAUGGUAUUGAACCACUUAGCAAACCAUUUCUUCUUUAAAAAGGAUUAUAGUAAAGUCCAGCACUUGGCUCUCCAUGCGUUCCAUAACACAGAAGUAGAGGCUAUGCAGGCAGAAAGUUGCUACCAGCUGGCUAGAUCAUUCCACGUUCAGGAAGAUUAUGACCAAGCCUUCCAGUACUAUUAUCAAGCCACACAAUUUGCCUCCUCCUCCUUUGUGCUGCCGUUUUUUGGUUUGGGACAAAUGUAUAUUUAUCGAGGUGACAAAGAAAAUGCAUCUCAGUGCUUUGAAAAAGUUUUGAAAGCUUAUCCUAAUAAUUAUGAAACUAUGAAAAUUCUUGGCUCUCUCUAUGCUGCCUCAGAAGAUCAAGAGAAACGGGAUAUCGCCAAGGGCCACUUGAAGAAGGUCACAGAACAGUAUCCUGAUGAUGUUGAAGCUUGGAUUGAAUUGGCACAAAUCUUAGAACAGACUGAUAUACAGGGUGCUCUUUCAGCUUACGGAACAGCGACGAGAAUCCUUCAGGAGAAAGUACAGGCCGAUGUCCCCCCAGAGAUUCUGAACAACGUGGGAGCUCUCCAUUUUAGACUUGGAAACCUAGGGGAAGCAAAGAAAUAUUUUUUGGCAUCAUUGGAUCGUGCAAAGGCAGAGGCUGAACAUGAUGAACAUUAUUAUAACGCUAUUUCUGUUACAACAUCAUACAAUUUGGCCAGACUGUAUGAGGCGAUGUGUGAAUUCCAUGAAGCAGAAAAAUUAUAUAAAAACAUCUUACGGGAGCAUCCUAAUUAUGUUGACUGCUAUUUACGUCUAGGAGCCAUGGCCAGAGACAAAGGGAACUUUUAUGAGGCUUCCGAUUGGUUUAAGGAAGCUCUUCAGAUUAAUCAGGAUCAUCCAGAUGCUUGGUCUUUGAUUGGUAAUCUUCAUUUGGCUAAACAAGAAUGGGGCCCAGGACAGAAGAAAUUUGAGAGGAUAUUAAAACAACCAUCUACUCAGAGUGACACGUACUCGAUGCUGGCCCUCGGCAAUGUGUGGCUCCAGACUUUACAUCAGCCUACCCGAGACCGAGAAAAAGAGAAGCGUCACCAAGAUCGUGCUCUGGCCAUCUACAAGCAAGUACUCAGGAACGACGCCAAGAACCUGUACGCGGCCAAUGGCGUUGGAGCCGUGUUAGCCCACAAAGGCUAUUUCCGUGAAGCUCGUGACGUGUUCGCCCAAGUGAGAGAAGCGACUGCAGACAUCAGUGAUGUGUGGUUGAACUUAGCACACAUCUAUGUGGAGCAGAAGCAGUAUAUCAGUGCCGUUCAGAUGUAUGAAAACUGUCUCCGAAAGUUCUAUAAGCACCAGAACACUGAAGUCGUGCUCUAUUUGGCCCGAGCCCUCUUCAAGUGUGGCAAGUUACAAGAAUGCAAACAGACUUUGCUGAAGGCUAGACAUGUGGCUCCCAGUGAUACCGUUCUGAUGUUUAAUGUGGCCCUAGUGCUGCAAAGAUUAGCUACCUCGGUCCUGAAAGAUGAAAAGAGUAAUCUGAAGGAAGUGCUUAACGCUGUGAAAGAGUUGGAGCUUGCACAUAGAUACUUCAGUUACUUGAGUAAAGUGGGAGAUAAAAUGAGAUUUGAUUUGGCCCUUGCUGCUACCGAAGCCAGGCAGUGCUCCGACUUACUGAGCCAGGCCCAGUACCACGUGGCCCGGGCACGGAAGCAAGACGAAGAAGAGCGGGAACUGCGGGCCAAACAAGAGCAAGAAAAAGAGCUGUUGAGGCAGAAAUUUCUUAAAGAACAGGAAGAGAAACGUCUCCGAGAAAAGGAAGAGCAGAAGAAACUUCUGGAGCAGCGGGCCCAGUAUGUGGAGAAAACAAAAAAUAUUCUCAUGUUCACUGGUGAGACUGAAGCAGCAAAAGAGAAAAAGCGAGGUGGUGGAGGAGGACGGCGUUCUAAGAAAGGCGAGUUUGAUGAGUUUGUCAAUGACGACACUGAUGAAGACCUGCCCGUGUCCAAAAAGAAGAGGAGGAGGAAGGGCAGUGGCAGUGAACAAGAAGGUGAAGAGGAGGAGAGUGGUGAGAGGAAGAAGAAGAAGAGGAAAAGGCCUGCAAAGGGAGAAGAAGGGUCUGAUGACGAUGAUACAGAAAAUGGCCCGAGACAGAAAAAACGCCGCCCACCAAAAGCAGAGAAGAAACGGGCGCCCAAGCCAGAACGUCUGCCUCCUUCAAUGAAGGGAAAAAUAAAAUCCAAAGCCAUAAUAUCGUCAAGCGAUGAUUCUUCGGAUGAGGAUAAACUUAAAAUUGCUGAUGAAGGUCAUCCCAGACAUAGCAACAGCGACUCCGAUGAAGGCCAGCGGCGGAAGAAACGUGCCUCGUCGGAGAGCGAGUCGGAUGAGAACCAGACUCAGUCUGGCAGCGAGGCCGGCAGUCCUCGGAGGCCCCGCCGAGAGCGGUCCGAUGAGGACUCAGACAGUGACCAGCCAUCCCGGAAGAGAAGGCUCUCGGGCUCGGAACAGUCUGACAACGAGUCUGUGCAGUCGGGAAGAAGCCGCUCAGCGGGCUCGGAGAAUGACUCGCGCCCAGCUUCUCCGAGCGUGGAGUCCGAUAGAGAUUCUGAGAGAGGAUCUGAUAAUGAGGGUUCUGUCCGAGCCUCGGGGAAUGAAUCCGAACCAGAGGGAUCCAACAAUGAGGCUUCAGAUCGUGGCUCAGAACAUGGGUCAGAUGAUAGCGACUAGGUUUUAUUUCAUAAAUAAGCUUCAUCUCUGGAGGAAACGUUUUAUAAUAUAUGAAAGCUGUGAUAAAUAUGUUUCAGAUGUUUAGUCAAACAUUUGUGAAAUUUUUAAGGCUUUUUUUUUUUUUUAAUCCAUUGUAUAAUACUAAUCCCCCAAAAAUUGUUUCCCAUGCUAGUGCCCCAGUCUCUGAGAAUGUCAUGUACAAAGGGGACUAUUCUUGAUUGUGGUACAAGUCCACCUAUCAUAUGUGAAAAGUGCAGUAAAAACCCAGAUGCUAAAGCAUUCCUGCACCGAGGUUAACGGACGACGGCAGAUGUUUCCUUUUCUUUGUGUGUUAAGCAGUACACUGUCUUGAGUUUUAGUAUAGAGAAUGCUUUUAUUUCUGGAGGAAGAGCUAUCUACUGUGUAAUCGCAUCCAAGAACAAGUAAAAAGACCUUUUUUUUUUCCAAUAGAUCAGUCAAAAGUAUUAACUUGAUGGUUAGGUGAAUGGAGAAAUGCUUUUCUGUUAGUAGAAUGAAAGGAUCUACCUAAGAUGCAUAAUAAAGUUCCUUUACCAACUUUUGCA